UUUGACGCGUUGGGAAAACGGGGCACGUACAAUGACAAUAAAAACAGCUGUGAAGAAUCGCUUUCAACUUUUGUGAUAAAAAUCGUUUUAUAAAUUGAUUUUUAGACAUUAGUUUUAAAUCUCAGUGAUUUCAACGCACAUUAACUUAGUCGACUGGUGGCCCAGAUUACGGAUAAGUUCCUGUUCGCUCGUUCCUGCGCUCACCUUGCGAUGGAAUCGUCGUCGUCUAAACAAGUAGACACUUCCGUCAGUGACGAGGAGCGAUUCGAGGAUGCUUCCUGUAAGGCAUUCAAUGAAAAGGCCGUCGACGAGGUCAUCGAGCAGGUAACUGGAGUGCGCAUAGGCAAUUCGCCGAACCAAAAUACGUCGUCUUCGUCGGAGCAGACGGAGAAAUUUGUGGACUGCCGCAGCGAUUCCGGGAGUGACGAGGAAACGUUGGGAAAAGACGAGCGGAAGUCAAAAGGCAGUGACCACGACGACGAUUUGAUCGAUGACGAAUCGCAACGGGACUGGGAAACAGGUCUCUCCGAAGAGGACAAACUGGCCAACAAAGCCAAAGCCGAUGAGCUCAAAGCGCAGGGAAACGAACUGUUCAAGCAGGGAGAUUUCGACAAAUCGGCCAAUGUGUACACGGAAGCGCUCAGAAUCUGCCCGAUGGAAUAUUCCGCAGAGCGGUCCAUUCUGUUUGCCAACCGGGCGGCGGCCAAAACCAAACUUAACUUUAAGCCUUCUGCCAUCGACGAUUGCACCAAGGCGAUCGAGCACAAUCCAAAGUACCUGAAGGCGUUGCUGAGUGUUAUUGAAUCCACUUCCAGGCGUGCAACUCUGUACGAGGAAGCGGACAAGCUGGAUGAAAGUUUGGAAGACUUCAAGAAAAUACUGGAACUGGACCCGGCCAAUGUGGAAGCGAAGGCGGCCGAGGUGAGGCUGGCACCAAAAAUUCAGGAACGCAACGAGCGCCUCAAGGAGGAAAUGAUGGGUAAGCUGAAGGACCUGGGCAAUAUGAUUCUGCGGCCAUUUGGGCUGUCGACGCAAAACUUCGAAAUGCAACAGGAUCCGUCGACCGGAUCCUACUCUAUUAAUUUUAAGAGUGGAAAAUAGUGUUUCUGCAAAUUUUGAAGUCUUGUGAUAUGCGAUGGGUGAGUGUGCCAAUUUCUGAAUCAAAAGCUUGUUAGUGCAAUCAGGGUGAAUGUGUUUGUGUGUGUAUUUCAAAGCCUUCGAUGGCGUUAAAAUAUGAACCAGUCGAACCAAACCAAA